AUGAGCAAGAAUCAGUCGGUCCAAGACUUUGACGAAAACUUCUUCAGCAGCAUUGCAGUUCCGAAAACCAAGGAUUACUCGCGUCUUUCGAGCUCGCCGAGCAGAGACCAGCCGUGCGAUUCGUCAUACUUUGAGAAGCAUUUCCGUAACUAAGACGUCUACUGUCGUGAAUGAUUAUAAUGAUCUUUUCCAGCUAACUUGGAAUGUGACACCCCGGUCAAAAUGCGCCUGCCGACGGCAAUCCGUGAUUCUGGAGACCGUCUCCCCACACUUUGCAUGGACAACUUCUUGUCGUCCUCUUCUGCGUCAGAGAACACGACUGUGAGCGGAGAUCAGCCGACGGAGAGCACCGGAGAAAAGCAGCCGCAAAGAGAACCACUCAAAAUUGCGCCGAAUGAAAAGGCGAAGGAGACGGUCAGCAACGACUAUCCAGAGAAUCAACUGGCCGAGAAGCUCGAAAUGCUCACGAUGUUUGCCCCGAAAGCACCGGAAGAACGAUUGUCGCAACGGCGCCGUUCAGAGCUCAAGAAGAAGCAGGAGGAGGAGAGCAAGCGUCGGUCGGCUGUCACGGUCACUUCGGGAACCGCCCCCUCUUUCGGUCGCUCUCGAUCCAUCAGUACGAAAAGAGCGCCUUCCCAAGAACCUGUCGGCCGUGCUCCUUCGGUUCCGAGAGCUCCCUCUGCCACACGUUCCCGUCACAACUCGGUCUCUCGUACCAUUUCCGCUCCGAAUGCGGCCGCUGCUCACACUCCAGGAGUAGUGACUCGGUCGAUGGCUCGAGCCGCUGAAGCAGCUUCCACCACGAAGCAGCCGGUUGGUGUUCGUCGCAGUGUGAUGCCUCUGAAGAUUGCCCAAAAAACGCCAGUGUCGUCUGUCGUCAAGGAGUCCAUGACUGGAGGCGACAGAUCGCGUGAUCGUACUCGUCGAACCAACACAACUGGAGCGGGUUCUGGAGUCGAACGUCGCAGCUUCAUGAAACCGUCCGCCGGCGCAACCACUCCGGUCGCUCCGCCGCGUCGGUCCGCUUCCGCAAACAAAACGAUCGCUUCUGCGACAAAGACAACUCCCAGAGGUCGUCUAAUUGCCACUGCGAACCGCUCUUCAACGCUUCGCAUGAGUGCUGUCAAACCGACUGCUCCGCCGAGCGCUCAUGCCGAUUCGAAACUAGAAGCUCCUCGCCCUGCAGCUCAGGCGACCGGAGGUGUUCGUAAUCGUGUUCCGCUGCGUGUCAACCCGACCACUCCGAGAUUGGCAACGAAGAAAGUGGUUGCAGUGAGGACUUUUCGUUCAUUGCUCAUAUAAAGUUUCAUUUCAGCCGCUUGCCACACGCCAGCCGCCGGUUGUGACUCGUGCUCGAUCUGUGGAGCGUGGUUCUCAGAACCAACCAUCUGCGGCAUCUGGAACUCAUCGUCAACCGGUAGCUCAUCUCUAAAAUACGCAACCCUAUAUCCUUUGUCCAGAACGGAACGCGCGACGACUUCUUCAGCCGUCUUUCGAAACCAAAAGCCGCAACUCCUUCCCGUCCAUCGCACGACGGACCGUCUUCUGCAAAUCGCAAAUCGGCGGUCCGCCCGGUUCCUUCUUAUGUGCACAAUGUCACCAAGAAUGGGUAA